CCUUCGUCCUGUCCGUCUUGGCCGGCAACUGGAUGUCAUCACCGCACACUAAAUCCUCUCCUUAGCGUGAAAUAAAAGGAACGGUUAUACAUCCGUACGACCGUGAUUUCUUCAGAGCUUAGAAAUAGAAAGGCCCUAUGAUUCCGUUGGCCGCGACGCAUUGCGAAGUGGUUUGAGCUCGGCGCCCUCUGGACUGCGAAUAACCGCCUGUCUGCUUCUAUCGUGCGAAUAGCGCACUGAUGACAGGCCGCCCCGCCCGCCCGUUGCACUUGCACCGGCAUCAACAUGAUUGUUUGGGCUGUUUUCACUUUGAUUUUGUCCAGUGUGUCCGCCCUCGGGCAGUCAGGUUUGUACGGCGAUGAAUUCCACGAAGAACUGGUGCUGAAGCAGCUACCGAGUGGACAUGUCUACUCAUAUUUCCAGUUUACAACGCUGUGGGAAAAUGGUGGAGACCAACCUAAUCACCAUUGUCACCUUUUCCCCCAGUCUUUGUCAGAAGUUCUACAUUUGUACAAUGUAGACGAGAUGCACCUGAGUUUGACGGGUGGAUUGUGGCGUCAUGAAAACUGGGGGUAUCCCGUUGUUAGUGCUCCACCAGGUGCUGAAUUGUGGGCUUGGUUUAAAGAGGGUACUCACGAUGUUGAUAAAAAAUGGACCCUUCUGAGUAAUGCUCUUUCUGGCCUCUUCUGUGCAUCGCUGAAUUUUAUAAAUCCUCAGCAAAGCCCAAGUCCAAAGUACAGUUUUGCACCAUUAGGUGCUUAUGGUUCGGCUUCUCAAAACAGAUCAUUACUAAGGUACUCAACUUUACCUAGGGAAAUUGUGUGCACUGAAAACCUAACACCUUUCAAAAAAUUAUUACCGUGUGACUCAAAGAAGGGCCUCUCUUCUCUUCUAAAUGCUGGUAACAUUCACAAUGCAAAUUAUCAUUCUCUUGGGAUCCACGUCCGCCCACAAUGCAAGGAUGAAAACUGUCAUGAGACUGUACUUGAACUAAAACAGACAGUCUCUUUGGUUUAUGAUCUCAUAAUUUUAGGCCAAGAAAGUCGAGACUGGUCAUUUAGAAAGCUCUUUGGUGUUGGUCUUGCUGGUCCUUGUCCAUUGGCAAAAUCCAGUAAAAUAUAUGUGGAUUGUAGCACCAAUGCGACCACAUUUGAUUAUAAUUUGUCACCCGAUCCAACUGAGUUUAUAAACAGCAAUCGUGGCGGGUACAAUACAGUAUUUGCAGUUUAUGAUAUCAAGAAAACUCACAUCAUCAACAUGUUCAGCGUAUCAGCCACUCACAAAGGCCCCCGAGUUCAGUCUAUUAUCAGCCCACCUGUCAUACAUGCCACAAGAUACAUUGUUGGCUAUGGCCAGGAACAUGGAGGCAUUGUGACCAAGAUUCACAACAACCACUGGAAAGAGAUUGACAUAACAUUAUUUGAAAAUAUUCCUUGGUUUUUGCCGACCUAUUACCACACCCUCAAAAUUACUGCUAACGGUGGUAAACAAGUUUUAAAACCAUAUGCCAAGCAUUAUCUGCCUGGAAGGGACCGCAGCAGGCCUUACACCUUAGAGUUUUUGGUCACACUGCCACCACGGUCAGUUACAGAGAUAUACCUGGAGUUUGACUACAGCUUUUUAAAAUGGCAAGAGUAUCCUCCAGAUGCCAACCAUGGUUUCUAUGUUGGAGCAGCAGCAAUUACUACUCUAUUGCCGCACACCAAGAAUUACACUGGGGUCCCCAUCGAUGGGUCAACCUUUUCAUCAAGUAUUAAUGCCUCUCGAGACACCUAUCCUGUUACACUUCACACGGAAAUUUUGCUGGUGACUUUGCCGACACCUGAUUUUAGUAUGCCAUACAAUGUAAUAUGUUUGGCAUGCACUGUAGUGGCUUUAGCCUUUGGCCCUCUGCAUAAUCACACAACGAAGAGAUUGCAAAUGUUGGAUCCAUCUGAAGAAACUAAGGGAGUCAUAGCAAACUUGAGGCAACGACUGAAUUCAUUUCUUACCCAGUCAACUAAAGCAAAGGAGCAGUCUUCACCUGCUCCAUCAGAGGUAAUUAAAUCACCACAAAAAGAAGAAGCAGCAUGUGGUAGUAAAGUCACAAGUCGUAAGAAGGACCGAGCAGCUAAGUCAAGUUGACAAAUAUUGAAUUAGGACUGAACUAAAUAGAGUGAGUCUGUGAGGAAAGAUAUUCUGUGAUGUCUUUUGUAUUUGAGAUAGUUAUAAUUUGGUAUGCUAGUGUAAAUACAGUUAAAAUUAUGCCAUCCAA